AUGAAUUCCAAAAAUGCGUUUAGUCCUGCUCGGACUAUGCGAAGAGAAACUCGCAUGUCGGCAAGGAGAGAUGUGACCACCCGAGAAAGGAGGCCUAUAUACAGCGUAGUGAACGAGUCACGAUCCAUGAAGUUGAGGAUCGAGCAUCACACGAAGAUAUUCGCGUCGAUGUGUCCGGAUGAGAUUCUAGAUCACUACGACGAUUACGAAACUAGAAUGUACUACACCACCUUGAUGCUCGGCGACGUGUCAGGCUUCACGGAUCUCGCUGAGAAGUACACCAAAACCGGGAAAGGUGGACCGUCGAAAUUGACGGAGACUCUGAAUAGCUACAUCGGUGCUAUGGUGCAAGAGAUACUCUCCCACAAUGGUGACGUGUUGAAGUUUUCCGGAGAUGCGUUUAUAGUGAUGUGGAAGCUCCACGAAGGGAUGAUGAUGCGAGACCUGGCCGUGGAAGCCAUGCAAACUGCCUGUAUCAUUCAGAAACAUUUUGGAACCUACGAUACCGAGGUUGGGGUGACGCUUAAGGUCAAACUGGCAAUUGCUUCUGGAAGAACGUACUUUACAUCUAUCGGAGAUCCAGACACCAUGUCUCACUAUAUUAUCACUGGAAAACCGGUGUGGGACGUGAAAUUCGCCGAAGGCCUUUGUCGAGGAGGCGACAUCCUGGUGGCUCCCAGCAGCUGGCAAUGGGUGAACCCCAACGAAUAUGUCCACGAAACGCUUCCAGAUGGUAUACACACCCUCAUCGUAACUUGCACUGGCAUGUGGUAUCAGUCUAGAGAAGAAGACAUAGUAGUCAGUACAGAUGGUACAAACCUAAAACACGAAGAGAGCGAAUAUGUACCGGAUAUGCUGGAAUCGUCGGUCGUAUCCAAAUUGAAAGUCAAUCAUGAAUCUGAAAUGACGUUGCUGAACAUGGUCGACGAUUUCACGAGAGGAAAGUUCAAGCAAGUCGAUUACAGCUUGCGACCUAAAGUCAUAAAGAUAGCAAAGGCUCAUCUGAAGGAAGCACUGAAGAGCUACAUGCUGAGACCAGUGAUUCGAUCCGUGGAAAUGGACGAACCUCUGGAAUACCUCACCGAGAUGAGACGAGUAGUAAUUCUGUUCAUCAAUGUAAUCACUUCGAACGUGGGUAAAAGAACAUUAAUCUCUCUGGUGAACUCGGCUUACAAACUGGUGUGCAGGAUCGUCGGCGGAAUGCACGGAUGCGUGAACAAAACGUCCCUCUUCGACAAGGACCUGAUGUUCCUCUGCGUAUUUGGUUUACGGGGCGAUAAGCACGAGCUGGAAUCGCAAAUCGGUUUGAGAUGCGCGUCGAAGGUUCGAUCGAAUCUCUCUGCGUUGGAAAAUAUCAAAUCCGUGACUGUAGGGGUAACUACAGGGAUGACGUAUUGCGGGGUGGUUGGACACAUUUUACGGAGGGAGUACACCGUGAUCGGGAUGUCGGUGAACAAGGCUGCGAGGCUCAUGGUGGCGUAUCGGGACAAGGUGGUCUGCGAUCGAGAAAGCUUCCUUCACUCUCAUCUAGAGGCCAGACACUUCAUUCUCCAGGAGCCAAGAUACUUGAAAGGAAUCACGAAUAUCGGACCCAUAUACGAGUUUCAGGAACAACCAAAAUACACCGUGUCGGAUUUAGUUUGGAAUAAAUACCCUUUACUUGGUCGGAUGAAGGAAGUGGAAACGUUCAAAAUAAUGCUGGUGAAGCUGUUGGAGUACUCCUCUUCGAGCAAAGCGACUCGUGGCACGCGACCAGAGUACAACACACUUCUCGUAAAAGGCGAACCUCGAAUAGGGAAAACGAGGCUGCUGGACGAAUUUACGCAAAACAUCCCAGUGGGAACGCGGUGUAAUUACAUCUCGUUGCAAACAGAGGACAGCAAGGUUGAUAUUUUUCCUGGACACCGAUGAAACGUGAUUUAUCCCUCAGUGCAGGCCCCGUACAGUCUGAUACAGCUAUUAUUUUCCUUGCCUCUGGGUUUCACCCCCACGUCUACGCGAAAAGAGCGCGAAGACAAGCUGCUUUUACGCCUGGGCAACGUGAGGCAGUCGUACUUCCUGUGCGUCCUCAAUCAACCCUUCAACGUGCGUUUCUCUAUCACAAGGCAUUACAAUAUCCUGACCGAGGCUGAGAAACGAAAACUUUUAAGGAAGUUCCUGUUGAAGUUGAUGAAAGGCUGCUUCCACGAUCUGUGGGUGGUGAUCAUCGACGAUGCGGAAUACAGCGAUCCCGAGUCCUUGGAGAUCUUUGACGUCCUCACAAAGAAAGAUCUGAUAUUCUUCGUACUGAGUAUCGGCAGGAAAUUGGGCACGGAUUUCCCGUUGUAUUUCAAUCUUUUGCAUAGAGGAAAGGUAAUCGAAUUGACUGGAAUAGACAAGUGGUAUCACGCUGGUUUAGCCUGUCAGAUCCUCAACGUAAAUGGUCUACCUGCAGAGCUUGAGAAGUUGAUACAAGAAAGAAGCUUUGGAAACCCUGGCUGGAUCGAGAGUUAUUUAGUGAGUCUCCUCCAGGUCGGAGGUUUGGUGAUAAUAAAUAUAACGAAGAAGGAAGCAAACAAAAAGGGUUACGUGUUACCACCCAUAUCUAUGUUAAAAAGAUUUGUUUCGAACGGAGACAGUGACACUCGCAACUAUCGGAAAGACAGAUGGCAGAUGUACAGAGCAAGCUUCAAAGACAGCAUGAUAUCGUUACUUGAAAGGGACAUGAACGGAGCAAGCAAGGCUCAUCUAAGUAUCGACAAUGAUGAAACAAUGAUUGCAGUCUGCGAUAUCUCUGAGAGCUUCAUGUACGAAGAUGUGGACCCUGAAAUCACGAUGGAUGUUAUGAUCCUGAAGCUUUUCGAUUCUUUGACACCACUGGACCAGCUUCUCCUGAAAUGCGCUUCCGUGAUCGGGGAAACGGUAAAUAGGCACAUGCUAGAGAAUUUAAUGACCAUCACCUCUAGGAGAGAAGUCGGACUUGCUGUCUCGAAGCUCUUUGAAAUACGAGUUUUUGGCUGUGCAAUUGGAGACUUUUCUAGGAAUACAGGCCCUAUAAUAUUUAUCAGAAACAUGCGAAAUCCUAGCGCGGAAAUGGACGUCUUCUGCAAGUGUAUUGGUCUGCAUAUCCCAGAUGAACUUGUAGAUUUGCCAAGGUACGCUUCUUGUGGCUUGAUGAGGUUCAAAAUGUCGAUGUUUCGUGACACCACUUAUCGGUUACUCACGGAGAAUCAAAAGAUGGAAUUGCACAAUCAAGCGUUAAAAUACCUGCAACACCACGCAAGACGUUGUGUUUCUUGCGGAGAAGGUCAAUUCGCAAAAUUGCUAGGAAAAGUGUCGAAGAAGGAGGACCGGAAGAAAAAGGUGGCAGACAUUGAUAAAAUGUUUGAAAUGGAAUUUGAAGAUAGUGCGACCGAAGAAGAAAGCAAAAGUACCAACAUACUACUUUCUUGUCUGAGCUUAUUUCGAACCGUCGAAAGGAAGCCCACAGUCACAUUUUCAGACGUGGAUUUCUCUGGGUGCCUAUGCGAACUGAUAUUGAUGACAGUUUACACGCAAAUACUCGAACAUUGUCGUGGUAUUGGAAAAACUGAAAUGACACUAACUGCCCUUUUGGAGUUCGCGGAAAUUUGCCUGAUGACCUGCAACAUACCGCAAGCUCGGAAGCUUCUAGCAGAGAGCGAAGUUGUCCUCGAAGAGUUGUUCCAAUCGGACGAGGACGAAAUGGUUCUUCUACCCUAUCUCACUGCGAAGAUACAGACUCUUCAGGGUCAAUGCUUCCUCGAAGGCGGCUCCAUGUUCGAGGCCGAACAGUCUCUCGAAAUGGCUCUAGUCAGCUUAGGAUACAAAUUUCCAAAGCUAGAAGUGAUGAUCGAUCUGAACUCGUUCACGCAAUUGAUAAGCUUGAAAUUGAAACUGAUAUGCUCGAAGAUGUGGGAGCAUAAUACCACUCCCGAAGAGGAAAGCGUGGAUUAUACUAAACAGUUAGCAGAUUGCUUAGCACAGAUGUUCGAACUUUUCAGGAUUAAAGGUAUGAAGAAGCACGCCCGUUUAGCCGCAAUUUGGGGUUUGAACGCGGCUUUGGAGUCUAACAAGAACUUAUUCGUUCUCUGCACGUCGUAUACCAACAUGCUGAUAACAGCACACAUGUACCAAGACAGGCACAUCAUCCCUCACUUGGAGCAGAGGGGUAUCGAUAUUUGCAGCGAGAGCAAAGAAGCACUCGAAUCUCAAGAAUUAAACGUGAUCGCCCAACUUUACGCAGGAAUAUUCUUCUCUCGUUGGGUAAGGGGACAGAUCUCAAAAGCCAUCCGGAUCGGUUUCAUAUGCUGCAGAAUGGCCAGCACCAUUGGAUUCACGGCUCUGAACUUGUUGAUACUACCACGGUUAAUCCACUUACUGAUGAUCUCCUGUCGACAUUCAGAAGUGGUUACUCAGUUAAGAGAAUUAGAAUUCUUGUCUCACCAUGAUCUGGACAAAUGUGGACGUACUUGGUACUAUGCACUCUGCGCUGAUGUUCAUUUGGAUACUGGAUUAACCAUCCUCUCCUUCCAAGCUUGUGAGCAAUACUUCCUUCGAGAAGGCGAGCAGAUGAUCAGUCUAUAUGAUCCUGAAGCGGAAAGACGAUAUUUCACGGCCAUGUGGCUAUGGUGUGUUAGAACUGAGCAAUGGGAGGCUGCUGAGAUAUGGAGCGGUAGGAACGUAGAAAGCACCCCCAUUAUCGAUGAACAUAUAGUAGCAGCGACGAUUACUUGUUUAAAAAAGAUCGAGGGUCUACUAAUUCUUUAUGUUCAUAAAUUAAAUAGCAGAAAUGCUGAUGCAGCUAUCACUAUGAUAGAGAUAAAGAGUAUAUUUAAGAGGAUAAAGAAAAUGAUCAAGAUUGUUAAAAUCGUUAUUCCCAGAUACAUGUUACUGAAAGCGUAUUACUGUAUGAUAAAAUCUCAGAAAGGUGCUGCAAUGAAGCUGCUAAAAAAAUUGCAAAAAGUGUGUAGAAAAAUGGAGAACAAAAUGAUUUACAUGUGGGCACUGCAUUGUGAAAAGGUUUGGACAGGUGGAAUUUCUUCUGUACAUACGGAUAGGUGGAGAGAAAUUUCGGAAAAUGUAAUGUUAGAUAAAUGGAACGAAAUCAAUGUAAAUGAUACGGAUAUGAUAGUCUUUACUUUCCCUUUACCAAAAUAUCUUCAUUGA